AUGAUGAAGUUUCGGUUCCGCAGACAGGGCGCCGACCCGCAGCGCGAGAAGCUCAAGCAGGAGCUCUUCGCCUUCCACAAGACCGUGGAGCAUGGCUUCCCCAACCAGCCCAGUGCCCUGGCCUUUGACCCUGAGCUUCGCAUCAUGGCCAUCGGCACCCGGUCUGGGGCUGUCAAGAUCUACGGUGCCCCCGGCGUGGAGUUCACGGGCCUGCAUCGAGACGCAGCCACCGUCACCCAGAUGCACUUCCUGCCCGGCCAGGGCCGCCUCCUGACCCUGCUGGACGACAGCAGCCUCCAUCUUUGGGAGGUCGUCCACCACAACGGCUGCGCCCACCUGGAGGAAGCCCUCCACCACCAGCCACCCAGUCGCCCGGGCUUUGAUGGUGCCAGUGGCCUGCCCAGCCUCGCUCGCAUCACCGUGGUCCUGCUGGUGGCUGCCGGUGACCUGGCAGCCCUGGGCACUGAGGGCGGAAGUGUCUUCUUCCUGGAUGUUCCCACCCUGACGCUGCUCGAGGGGCAGACCCUUGGCCCAGAUGAGGUUCUGCGAAGCGUGCCUGACGACUACCGGUGCGGGAAGGCCCUGGGCCCCGUGGAGUCACUCCAGGGACACCUGCGGGACCCCACCAAGAUCCUUAUCGGCUACAGCCGAGGCCUGCUGGUCAUCUGGAACCGGGCCGCGCGGUGCGCUGACCGCAUCUUCCUGGGGAACCAGCAGCUGGAGAGCGUGUGCUGGGAGCGCAGCGGCCGCACGCUGGUCAGCUCGCACAGUGACGGCAGCUACGCCGUCUGGUCCACGGACGCCGGCGACUCCCCAACGACACAGCCCACCAUGGCCACCACGCCCUACGGCCCCUUUCCCUGCAAGGCCAUCGGCAAGAUCCUGUGGCGAAACUGUGCGUCUGGCGAGCACUUCGUCGUCUUCAGCGGUGGCAUGCCCCGCGCCAGCUAUGGCGACCGCCACUGCGUGAGUGUGCUGCAGGCCGAGACCCUGGUGACGCUGGACUUCACCUCCCGCGUCAUCGACUUCUUCACGGUGCACAGCAUGCGGCCCGAGGACGAGUUCGACGAGCCCCAGGCCCUGGCCGUGCUGCUCGAAGAGGAGCUGGUGGUGCUGGACCUGCAGACGCCCGGCUGGCCGGCCGUGCCUGCCCCAUACCUGGCCCCGCUGCACUCGUCCGCCAUCACCUGCUCGGCCCACGUCGCCAACGUCCCCGCCAAGCUGUGGGCCCGCAUCGUGAGCGCUGGCGAGCAGCAGAACCCCCAGCCGGCCUCCGGUGCCUCGAGCUGGCCUAUCACCGGGGGCCGGAACCUGGCUCAGGAGCCAUCCCAGCGAGGGCUGCUGCUGACCGGGCAUGAGGAUGGCACCGUGCGGUUCUGGGACGCCUCCGGCGUGGCCCUGCGGCCGCUCUACAAGCUGAGCACUGCCGGCCUCUUUCAGACAGACUGCGAGCACGCCGACAGCCUGGCCCAGGCUGCUGAGGAUGACUGGCCACCCUUCCGCAAGGUGGGCUGCUUCGACCCCUACAGCGACGAUCCACGUCUUGGCGUGCAGAAGGUGGCACUGUGCAAGUACACUGCCCAGAUGGUGGUGGCCGGCACCGCGGGCCAGGUGCUGGUGCUGGAGUUAAGUGAUGAGCCGUCGGAUCAGGUGGUGGGCGUGGCCAGUGUGGACCUCCUCCAGGACCGUGAGGGCUUCACGUGGAAGGGCCACGAGCGGCUGAGCCCACGCACAGGGCCGCUGCCCUGGCCGGCCGGCUUCCAGCCCCGCGCACUGGUCCAGUGCCUGCCGCCAGCUGCCGUCACUGCCGUCACGCUCCACGCCGAGUGGGGCCUUGUGGCCUUUGGCACCAGCCACGGCUUCGGCCUCUUCGACUACCUGCGCAGGAGCCCCGUGCUGGCCAGGUGCACCCUGCACCCCAACGACUCCCUGGCCAUGGAGGGGCCGCUGUCCCGCGCGAAGUCGCUCAAGAAGUCGCUGCGCCAGUCCUUCCGGCGCAUCCGCAAAAGCCGCGUCUCGGGCAAGAAGCGCUCGACCGCCGCCGGCAGCAAGGAGGCCAACGCGCAGCUGGCGGAGCAGGCCGGCCCCCAUGACGUGGAGGUGGCGCCCGUGCAGCGCCGCAUCGAACCCCGCUCGGCCGACGACUCCCUCUCAGGCGUCGUGCGCUGUCUCUACUUCGCCGACACCUUCCUUCGCGACGCGGCCCACCACGGCCCCACCAUGUGGGCGGGCACCAACUCGGGCUCCGUGUUUGCCUAUGCGCUGGAGGUGCCCGCGGCAGCGGCGAACAGCGACAGGCGGCCCGAGCGGGCAGUGGAGGCCGUGCUGGGCAAGGAGGUACAGCUGAUGCACCGCGCACCCGUGGUGGCCGUGGCCGUGCUGGAUGGACGCGGCCGCCCGCUGCCAGAGCCCUACGAGGCCUCAAGGGACCUGGCACAGGCGCCCGACAUGCAGGGCGGCCACGCUGUGCUUAUCGCAUCUGAGGAGCAGUUCAAGGUGUUCACGCUGCCCAAAGUGAGCGCCAAGACCAAGUUCAAGCUGACGGCCCACGAGGGCUGCCGCGUGCGCAAGGUGGCCCUGGCCACCUUUGCCAGCGUGGCCUGUGAGGACUACGCCGAGACCUGCCUGGCCUGCCUCACCAACCUGGGCGACGUGCAUGUGUUCUCGGUACCCGGCUUGCGGCCCCAGGUGCACUAUGCCUGCAUCCGCAAGGAGGACAUCAGCGGCAUCGCCUCCUGCGUCUUCACACGACACGGCCAGGGGUUCUACCUGAUUUCCCCGUCGGAGUUUGAGCGCUUCUCCCUGAGCGCCCGGAACAUCACGGAGCCGCUUUGCUCUCUGGACAUCAGUUGGCCCCGUGAUGCCAUGCGUGCCAGGCCCCGAGAGUCGCCCAAGCUGAGCCAGGCUAACGGGACCCCUGGCGUCGUCCUGGGCCCACAGAGCCGCGGCGGAAGCCCCGAUCCCACCCGCAGCGAGGGAGCUGACACCCCGGAGCUGCCUGAGGCCACGCUCUCACCCACGUCCGUCGACUCGGCCACCAGUGCCGACACGACACUGGACACGACAGGGGACGUGACGGUGGAGGACGUGAAGGACUUCCUGGGGUGA